AUGGAUGAGCUGUGCAUAAAAAAUUAUGUACUGAGGGCAAAUCAAAUGAUGCAUAGUGAUAUGAUAACAAAGGAUGAAGCAUAUUUAGAAAUAUGUAAAAGUUGUAGACAUUUGUUUAAAGAAAUAAGAGAAUGCUUAAGAGAUUCUGUUAGCUUAGUAUUAAACAAAGAUGUAACUUACAUCCUCUCAAAGCUAGUGGUCAGUCUUAUAGACCUAGAGUCAUAUAACGAAGAACAACUGAGCUUUACAUGUAAAUCGUUAUAUUUUAAACUAUAUGAAGAUAUUAGUAAGAAGUUAUGGAUGUUACCUGAUGAUAUGGGAUCAUAUGAUAAAGACAUUACAGAAUACAAAACUGAAUUCCGAAAAAUAUUUAUGUCUCCAAAAAGGAAAAUAGUUGAUGCAUCAUAUAAUUGUAGGAAUUUAUUACAUACCAUACAUCGUGUUAAUUUUAUAAAUAAUGUGUUAAUACAGAAAACGAAAGAAUCAUAUUUAAAAAAUAAAAGUUGUAUAUUACAAGGGGAAACACCUGUAAACUACCCUUUUUUUAAUUUCAUGAGAGUAGACACAUAUUCGAGUAAUCGCGCGAAGAAAAUAUAUGACUUUUGUUACUAUAACUAUAUAUUUAUAGAUGGUAUCAAGAUAAUAUAUAAAGAUGAAUAUAAUAGUGUAAUCUUAAAAAAAAAAAAUAAUUUAGAAUUAUUCUAUUUACGAAAUAGAGAGUAUAUAAAAAAUGUUUGUGCUAUACAUAUAAUUACAACCAUAUCUUGGUUUCUUAAUCAAAUUAAUAUUGGUAUGUAUAAUAAAAAUAAAAACAGUAGAGAAUUAUUUAGAGAAAAGUUUACACCAUAUAAUAUACAAUAUAUUAUUCGCUCUAUUUAUAAUUAUAAAAGUUACUACAAAGGAGAUGUACUUGAAAUGUGUGCAGAAAGUAUGAUUCAUAAUAUUAAACUAGUUGAUUCCAUAAUAGAAGACUAUUAUAACACAGAAAAUGCUCUUAUAACACAAAAUAUAACGUUCACUGAUUUAAUUAAAUAUACCGAAUUGUCCAUAUUAAAAUAUAAAUUAAAGGAAGCAAUGGGAAGGUACGAUGAGAACUUAACUACUGAAAUUGCAAAAGAAAAUGCAUUGAAAAAUCAAGAAAAUGAAAAUAUUUCUUGCCUUAUGAAAAUCCUUUCUAACGAAAUGAACACACAAAUUUCUUUAUUAUCACACUCUCAUUUAAGAACACUAAUGCUAAAAAAUUAUGAUAGGUAUAAAGAUAAAAAUGAACAAAUAUUCGAGUUCAAAAACUUGUAUUUCUGCACCUCCCCUGGGGAGCAUUUUGUUCGAAAAAUAUUUGCUACCCGAAUUAAUUACAUAAUUAGAUUCCAUAGGUGA